GAGGAGAAGUGGGAGACAAGGGCUUGAAAUCACUGUCUUAUCUGUGGACCAGUGCUUUUCCCAAACUAUUUUAGGUAAGUGGCUACUUUCGGUUGGGCCCCGAAGACAGUGUGCAGAGUUGCAGGUUCCAUGACGUCGAUGGGUGUGUUCAAUGGGUCUUCUUCAUUCGUGUCAAUAUUCCAUGUUUCAAAUGUUGACAUCGCUGUCAUCGUCCGUCCUGAAAAGGAUGCAAGCUUCCGGCGACAAUCAGUGGGAGCCAUCACUUGUUGCAAUAGUUUCUGAUGCUGUCUGCUCUCGAUGAGAUCCAAAGUUCCAGAAAAGGAUGCAGAUUUAACCAAUCUUGGGAAUGGAUAUUGUGGGGAUGAGAAGAGUGUAGUUAAGAGGUCAGAAGCACAGGAAUAAUACGAUGGGGAAGGUGCUGCAUUGGAAAUCAUGGGAUGCCCAUUGAUCCCAGUGGAUGCUGUUUUGGGGGGAAUUAUGUAGGUUAGAAUGGAAUGUGAGCAGCAGGAAAGUACAGCUAUUCUCAAUGCCUCCAGCUGUGCUAUAAAGGUCCUUGCAUAUUGAAUCAGGCUACAUUCAUUUUACCCGAUGAAUUUCCCAAGAACCAAGAAUGACCAGUUAAAAUAGAAAUCCUAUAAAACCAGUGGUAUAGUGUCCUUAAAAAGAUUUAACAAUGCACAUGCCAAUGAAGAGGGAUUAGAUUGCCCUUCUCUCCCUCCACCUUUCUUGUAUGAUUUAUUGCCCUAUUAAGAUCUACACUUCCUUUGAGUAAUGAACUGAUGUGAUGUUAGAAAUAACACAGAAUCAAUAUUUUCUCUCUACUAUAAUGAACGGUUUGUUUGGAAAGUAAUAGGAACUUCAGAGCUUUGUUUUCCUUCUCUCAUCACCCAGGCGACAGAGGGGUGUGGGGGCUUAUGUGCAAUUGUGUUGUCCCAACACUUUGCCUGACCGAAGGUGAAAUAAAGUCCAGCAGUUCAACAAAUGUUUCUGGAUUAUAAGUGCUGUCCAUCGUGACCGAACCUGAAGUUAGUAAUCUUGUGAUCCAUUUAAAUUGAGUCGACCUCAUUGUAAUCGUCUUGCAGAGAAGGAAAGAUUAUGGGCACAAAAAGCUGGAGUAACACAGCCGGUCAGACAGCAUCUCAGGAGAAAAGAAUAGGUGACGUUUCGGGUUGAGGCCCUUCUUCAUACAGUCAGGGGAAAGGGACACGGGAGGUACAGAAGAAAGAUAGGAUGAAUGAAUUAAAAUUAUGCAAAAACUAACGAUGAUCGAGGAAAGGUGCAGCCCACAAUGGUCUACUGUUGGCUGUGAGGUAGGUGAUAACGAGUUAUACAGGCAGUGAAACUGAUCAGGAAAACAGUGAAACUAGUACGACGACUAGCGUUGGGGAGAGACGGAGAUAGAGGGGAAGCAUGGGUUACUUAAAAUUUGAGAAAUCAAUAUUCAUACUGCUGGGCUGUAAGCUGCCUCACUCUGACAAUGGAGAAGGCCCAGGACACAAAGGCCCCCAGAGGAUGAUGUGCAUUUAAUGAGUGUGCUUUCAGAUAAGGAGACCAACAGUUUCCCAUUGAGCUCCAGAAAUGAGCUACCAGCAAAUGGCCACACCGAGAGCCUUACAAAUGGAGAUGUUCUUUCAGAUCGGAGCACAAUUAUUAAUUCCUCUGAAGAUGCAUUGCUUCCAGUUGAACCAGACCAACAAGAUACACAGAGUAAAUCAUCAAAAUGUCCACAGAGUAGAGAACUGCCUCAAAUACCCGGCAAUGAUUCAUUGCUGAGCACAGAACCUGCGGAGGUGAAUGAAGUCAAGAUCUUGCAUGGAGUGUGUAACACCUAUGAAGUGCUAAAGGACAGCUCAUCUCAGGACAUAAUCAUCGAAGACUCUCUCUAUGAAACUGUGAAAGAGCUGAAAGAGGAAUCCGGCAGUGUGGCCAAUGAAAUAUAUGGUCAGGCAGACAACACGGAUUUGGAUAUCCCGGCACUCGAUCACAAUCACGAGCUUGCUGAUGGGGCUGCAGCAUAUGCAACAGUAAGCAAUGUGAAAAUGAAUCGCAGUAUUUCCACAGAGCAGAGAUUGAUUAUUGAAGAUGAUCCUCCACCACUUCCGAUAAAGCAGCUGGAUGAAAACACAGAGGCACAAAACUGCAAGAUUCAAGAUGAGGAUUCAUCACUGACACAAGCUGAAAUUGCAGCCAUGUACUCCACUGUGAGUAAAUCAGCACCGCCAUGGUUUCAAACAGACACAGAGCAGGAAGCUGGUUACGCCUGCAUUGAUGAAGUAACCCCUGGAAGAUAUCCAUGUACGCCUAACCAUCUUUAUGCAUCUGUUACUGACUAUGAAGAAGUACCUGAAGUCCCACACCUGAAUGAAUCUGCAGUGGUGGAAGGAGAUGAUGUUGAUCCCGGAUAUGCAGCCAUCAGAGCUCUGAAAGAGGUUCCACCAGAAGAGAAAGCUGAAUCUACUGGAAAGCAGUCCACCGGCCUAGGAGAGAAUGAUUAUGAAAGCAUUCAUGACAUGGAUCAGAAAUAGUACAUGCUGAUCCUGGUGUUUGACUGCUAUAUCUCCUAAAUAUCUGCUGAGACACAAUUUAGGCUUCUACUUUAAAAUCAUUUGUUGCUUGACGUUUCUUCAAAUGUAAAUAGAAUGCAAGGAGGAAAUAUUCUGUGACAUUUACUCCUGAGAAUUAAUGAAAAGGGCUUUUAAGACUGCAAAAUCAUUUUUGAAUUUAUGAGUAGAAAAUUUGCAAGAUUUAUUUUGCUAAUGAUAGCCCAUUUUCAAGCAAAAAUAAUGGUUUAAACUUGAAAGCUGCAAACAGUACACCUAUCAUUUACAUCGUGGGAGAGUAAAGACAACAUCUUCAUUUCUUAAAGAUGGAGGGCUAGAAAUUACUUUACUACAAAUUAGCAUAUUACUUAUAAAUUAGCACCAUGGAUCAAAAAUUGUGUUUGUAAAAGUAAAGGAUAUGAUCGUUAAUUGCAAUGGUGUAAUGCACGUUGCAUUGUUUGGAGGGACAGUGGCAGACAACUACAGAAAUCCGAAAGGUCAAAGAAAACUGGUGAAGAAUAUUUCUUGUUGGAGAUGCUUUCUUAAUGCAAGAGGCAUGUGGAGACUACCACAUGUAAGAGUUUGCUAGAAGGUCUUUUAAAAAUAAAACUACAUGAAAGCUGUCUAAGAACGGCUUGAUUUUGCAAGUGUGCAAUGCAGGCAAACAUUUGUUCCCAUCUGCCAAUCUCUGGCAUGAACACAAUUUUUCCCCCCCCUUUAAUGCAGAAGCAAGCACAACACUGAGAUUUGGCAGAGAUUAGCAGCAGCUGCCUGGUCUUAUCCCAAUGCAAAGGAGAUUAGAUUGUCUGCAGGCACCUCACAGCCAUUGUAUUCCUCUUGAGUUUUUUUUCCUUUUUAAGCUUCAGCCUACUGAAGCGUUUUACAAACUAUAAUUUAAUUACCUUCCUCCUACUGUACCUAUAUCUUGCUGUUACUCUAACAGGCAAACAACCUGUUUUCCUAUAAGCAUAAAACUUGUUUUCAAAAGAUGGCUGUAAAAAUUUGUGAAGAAUUGGAAUGUUAACCUCUGAUCGAGAGUCUAAUUUAACACAACGCACCAGAAAUUAAUCUUAACUGCACUUCUUAAGUUAAAGAAAAGCACAAAUUCACUGGUUUAGGUUUAUUAAGCACUGAACAUUUGUAAUGACUGGGAAGUACAUUACUCUCCUAUAUCACUGUGGUCUUCCUAUAGUUAUGUACCAAAAAUCAAACUGUCUAAUAAUUUAAAGCUUUGAUUGAGGCUUUGAAUUGCUAAUCCAUAGACAAGUUGUUCCCGUGAUAUUUUAGUGGAGAAAUUUAAGUAACUGCUCUCCCACAUAUCAGCUUCAGAAACUGGUCACUCCUGCAAGUGUUCAAAACACAGAUUGGUCAGUUAUGACGGCAAUGCUUCGAGUGGUGAAUGUACAAUCAAGCUUGAUCCACUGACAAGCACUUUUAAUCAGAUCAUGGUCCUCUCAAAUUAGAUAGAACACAGUUCCUUGUGGGGUUUUCUAUUAAAUAGCCUGUUGAAUAAGGGAUUUGUUUUCCUAGACAUGGAUACAAGUUAAACAUAUUCAAUGCCCCCUCUCAACACCGAAGAGAUAAUGCUGUCUGUUUGACUGUGAACUCUUCUGUAGUUUAGGGUACUAGAUCACAAUGGAUUUGUUGCAACUCCUGCCCUCUUCACAUUAUUGAUAAACAUUUAAUGUGGAAUGGUAGAAAAGUCAUGACAUCAUAAGAAAAUUAUCCGUUGUUCAUAGUGUCAAAGUAGCAAAGGGUAAAGCUGAAAAAUACCCAAGUAUGUUGUAGACUUCACACAUGUCCAAUCAAGGCCAGGUGAUAAAUAACAAUUAUAACCAAUGACAAGGGCAAUUAUGUUUCUUUGGCUAAAAUAUAGAAAAUCAUUAUUACAAAGUAUUUUAAACUACAACAAUGAAACCAUGAAAAAUCAAAAGCAAAGAAAACAAUGAUAUCUGCAAUGCAUGACGAUCGGGAUCAGUCUGGGUUCAUUAAUUCAAUCGGUCUCGUUCAACCAUAUUUAUGAUUGUAACAAUAAGUGGAAUAAUUAAGUUUAGUCACUUGCCUGUUCUAAUACUUUAAAUGUCUUCAGUAAAUUGAUUAUGUGGAAAUUCAGGCAUCCAAAAGCUGCUCAAUUCCAAGUUACCAUAUUGUAUUUUUAGGGAGGGGGAGGGUAACAGAUAUGAAUCUGGUGCUGAGACAAUAUUGAGUAAUUCAUAUUCUCAAAAAGUUAAUGUAUGCACACCAAAGUUGGUAUGCUUCGUGUUCCUUUGUGGAAUUAGCAUAACAGCAUAAUUAGCAUGAUGUUUUCUUGCAAUAGUUCAUUUUCAUUUUGUGGCUUCCAGAGCAAAUGGAUCCACAGAAAAGCACAGGACACAAUGUUAUACCAUAUAUACCCAAUUUCAAUCUUUCAGUUUAAAUAUGCCUUGUUUUAAAAAAAACAUUUACCAAAUUGGCAUUGGUAAUACUUUUUGAUGAAAUGCUAUUAUAAGAUGUAUAAUGUGGGUACCACUUGGAGACUUGAUCUGUUAGUUUUAGCAGAAUCCUUUACGACUGAUAUUGACAUUUACCUUAUUCAUCUGCAUAUUUCUGUAGCAUCCUAUCCAGUUGCUUUUAAUUAAACGAUUUGACAUAUUGGAAAAAGGAUUCAAAUGUAAUGUGGUGAUAAAAUGAAAUGAAACUUAAAUGAAUGCUGCACUUCCAACUCCAAAGGAAUUUUAUAACGUAUCCACAUUACUUGAGUUUAUUUACCAAUUAUACUUUGUUUCAGCUGUAGCAUCUAUGAUCCUCUGUGUUACAAAAUAUGGUACAUAUUACAUAAAGUUCAGUAACUUUUGUAUUCACUUUUAGAUAAAUCUUUUGUACUUAAAUUACAAUAUAUAUAUACAUCAAAUUUUACUUAAGACUAAUGAAUACAUUUCUAUUAUUUUUUAUGAAAUCUGUAUAUUACUUUAGAAGUUUAACAAAUUUUGUGUAUUUGAUAAGAUGUUACUUUAAUGAAAAGGCAUUUUAUAGUUUUGUUUUUGAGCCAGAGAAGAGUUUUGUUGUUUUCAUUGCAAUGAUGCCCGAUGAAAUUGAUUUCAGAGUGGUUUACAUCUAAGUGUCAAAAAAUAAAAAAGGUACAUCUGUAAUGACAAAGUUGAAUAUUUUGGGCACUACUCUAAAUCACACAGCUCUUCACAUUUCCAGUUUAGGGUAGUUUGACCCAUUUUACCAUCUGAUUUGGGGAUUAAUCAGAUUGAUUCUUUAAAUCUGAAGAAGAAAUUGCUGCCAAAAAGUGAUGGUUUUUCCACAUCACUUCUCCUAGGUUUGGACUUAUUGUUGUCGGUCUAAUUGUCUUAUUUUUUAUUCUUGUCACAUGACCUGUGCUAGGACCAAGCGUAUGAAGUCCACAAUUAAUUAAAGCCUAUUAUUUGGAUCUAUUUUCUUAUUUACCUCGCACUUGUUAUUUAUAACCUUAGAUUGUCUUGUGCUUGGUGCAUUACCAUAUUGACAAAUAAACAUCUGUAUGAAUUGAAAUUUUGUGCAAAUAUAUGGAUAACUGCUAUUAUAAAAUAAAUAUUCCAUGUGUUCAUAUUAGAUUUUGUAUUGCAUAUUCAUCAUUUUGAUUGUUAACUGUUAGUGAUAUUUUUUAUUAAAAUUA